UUUAUUUAUUUAUUAUUUCGUCACACACAUCUAAAACCCUAAUCAGUCAUUUUUCUUCUCCUUUUUUCAAUUCGAAAUCCAACGGUAUCUCAUUUCCUUUCUGGUUUCAACAAAUCACACACAUUCUAAAACCCUAGCGCGUGGGGUUUAAUCUUCUCAAUCGUUUCCAAGACGCCCCUCAUGAGUUCGAUUCCCGAGAGUGAACCACAAAAUGCUUCUUCAAGCACACAAGAAUCACCACCGAAGCCCCCAAUCGAGCCUAUCCGCUUGCCUACAGUAGAGGAAAUUCGAGGGCAGGACAUUUGGAAUAACUGUCUCGUACGCAGUGUCGUCAGUGGAGUAAUGGGGGGUGGAUUGGGUUUAAUGAUGGGAUUAUUUCUCGGUGCACUCGAUAAUCCCGUAAUGCAAGAUCAAAUGACUGGAAAACAACAGAUAAUUUACCAAGCGAAGCAGAUGGGUCAAAGGAGCUGGAGUUCAUGCAAGGCCUUUGCAGUUAUGGGAGUUGUUUACUCUGCUUCUGAAUGCGUCGUUGAGAAGGUACGGGCGAAGCACGAUAUUACAAAUACAGUUGUUGCUGGUUGUGUAACUGGAGGCGCAAUAUCGGCUAGAGGUGGUCCGAAAGCAGCAUGUGUAGGUUGUGCUGGUUUCGCUGCAUUUUCAGUGGUGAUAGAGAAGUUUCUCGACAGACAUACUUGAAGUUACUUCCCUUGAUUUUAUCAAUAUAAGACGGGGGAAUAUAUCAAUAUAUAUACUAUCGCAUUUUUCUCCAAUAUUUUAGUAUCCAAUUGAUUCAUCGAAAACUUACAUCGAAUCGAACAGUUUUGUCACUUCGAUUGGGGGAUGUAAAACGGGUAAUUUUCCGAACUUUUUUAAAUGUUUUGUUGGGUUGUUCAUGAAUUAGCAGCAGCCCCUUGAAUACUUGAACCACUGAAAAUUCAGCAUUUACAAUAAGAUGACGUCAUUCUUUUCAUACCUGU